AUGCAGCCUUUACAACAUGUCCUACGAGCACGGGGAUCUCUGAGGAGGGGCCCGUUGGCCUCUGUGUCCCGGCUGCGGCUCCAGAACUGCAAGGCGCAUAGCAGGCUUUCUGACGCUGCACGUCCCAGUUUAGAAAGGCAGCAAAAUGGAGUUCCAAAGGAUUUUAGCUCUAGGCUGAUGAAUGGACCGACUUUUCAGCAUUUUUUAAGAAGUAUGUCACCUCCUCAAGAAAAGCCAUCUUUUCCAGAAGCAGAGGACCCACCGCCUUAUCUUACAGUGGACAAACUUCUAGGAAGACAGAGAAAAGUCUACCUGGAGACCUAUGGCUGCCAGAUGAAUGUGAAUGACACAGAGAUAGCCUGGUCCAUCCUGCAGAAGAGUGGCUACCUACGUACCAACAACCUUCAAGAGGCUGAUGUGAUCCUUCUUGUCACAUGUUCUAUCAGGGAGAAGGCUGAACAGACCAUCUGGAAUCGUUUACAUCAACUUAAAACCCUGAAGACAAAACGGCCCCGCUCUCGAGUGCCUCUGCGGAUUGGGAUUUUAGGCUGCAUGGCUGAGAGACUGAAGGAAGAGAUCCUCAAUCGGGAGAAAAUGGUAGAUCUUUUGGCUGGUCCUGAUGCCUAUCGAGACCUCCCUCGACUGCUGGCUGUUGCUGAGUCAGGCCAACAGGCUGCCAACGUACUGCUCUCUCUGGAUGAGACCUAUGCUGAUGUUAUGCCAGUCCAGAUGAACCCCAGUGCCACUUCUGCCUUUGUGUCAAUUAUGCGAGGCUGUGACAACAUGUGCAGCUACUGCAUCGUUCCUUUCACACGUGGCCGGGAGCGGAGUCGGCCUGUUGCUUCAAUUCUGGAGGAAGUGAAGAAGCUUUCUGAUCAGGGGCUGAAGGAAGUGACACUGCUUGGUCAGAAUGUUAAUAGUUUUCGGGACAAUUCAGAGGUCCAGUUCAACAAUGCAGUGCCUACCAACCUCAGCCGUGGCUUCACCACCAACUAUAAAACUAAGCAAGGAGGGCUUCGUUUUUCUUACCUUCUCGAUCAUGUUUCCAGAGUGGAUCCUGAAAUGAGGAUCCGUUUCACUUCUCCCCACCCCAAGGACUUUCCUGAUGAGGUUCUGCAGCUGAUUCAUGAGAGAGACAACAUCUGUAAACAGAUCCAUCUGCCAGCCCAGAGUGGAAGCAGCCGAAUAUUGGAAGCCAUGCGUAGGGGGUAUUCAAGAGAAGCUUAUGUGGAGUUAAUUCACCAUAUCAGAGAGUCUAUUCCAGGUGUGAGCCUCAGCAGUGAUUUCAUUGCUGGCUUUUGUGGUGAGACUGAAGAAGAUCACCUCCAGACAGUGUCUUUACUUCGGGAAGUUAAGUACAACAUAGGCUUCCUCUUUGCCUACAGCAUGAGACAGAAAACACGGGCAUAUCAUAGACUACAGGAUGAUGUCCCGGAAGUGGUAAAAUUAAGGCGUUUGGAGGAGCUCAUCACUGUCUUCCGAGAAGAAGCAACAAAAGCCAACAAGGCCUUUGUGGGCUGUACCCAGUUGGUGCUGGUUGAGGGGCUCAGUAAACGUUCUUCCACUGACCUGUGUGGCCGAAAUGAUGGAAAUCUUAAGGUGAUCUUUCCUGAUAUAGAGAUGGAAGAUGCUACUAACCCUGGGCUCACUGUCAGAGCCCAGCCUGGGGACUAUGUCCUGGUGAAGGUCACCUCUGCCAGCUCACAGACACUGAAAGGGCAUGUUCUCUGCAAGACCACUCUGAAAGAUUCUUCGACAUACUGCUCAACUGAGCGGAUUGCCACUCUGAGUUGA